UGCCACUCAAACUUAACACAUUCAUUUCAAUCUCUCUACACACAACAACAAAAACCAAAAGAAAAUCCAAGAAUCACUUCAAAUAUUCCAUUUUUCUUCCUUCAUUUUCUUGAUUUUCUUUCAAUCACACAAUUGAAUUAAAGAUGAAGAUGAGCAGCACCAAUAUGGGAAGUUCCAAGAGGAGAAUUUCAAGCAGAGGAGUUGGAGGAGUUCUUAGAGAACAAAGGGCCAAACUUUACAUUAUUAGAAGAUGUGUAGUCAUGCUCCUAUGUUGGCAUGAUUGAAAUCAUUCGAGAAACAAGGCUAUUAGGGGCUUUCUCUAUAUUUUCUUUCUAUUGUUCUUUUCCCUCAUCUUGGGAGUGUACAUAGCAAUGGAGGAUAUUAGUUAAUUAAGAGGGGUUUAACAAUUUUGUACUAAUUUAGCUUAUUAAGGCUCUUCUUGUAUACAUAUCGGAUAGUUUCAAUCAUUUCAAUCAAAGAAGAUGAUUUUGAUUCAA